AUGCCGUUGUUCCUCGGAGAGCUCAGCUCCUCAAUCGCCAACACGAUAAAUGGCACGCCUAUUGGCCAGGUAGAAAACGAAGCGCUGAAGCUCCGUCCCAUUGUACGACUGCCGUUGAUGAUCACUCGAAAGGACCUUGUCCAAUCAGCAGGGGUAGAUAGCAUUCAGAGGGUGAUGGGCUGUGAAAUCCCAUGCAUUAGUCCCUCCGCUCUAGCUGCGCACAUCCCGAAGACCAACAUCCGUGUCCCUAAUAUCGCGAGCUGGUUGACAGAGAAGACCGUACCCAUCCUCGAGUACGGAGUAAACGGCACACCGAGCAUAUACUGGGACCUCUCAGGGCUCUCUCCGCGGAAGCCCUUGACGGAAGUCCAAGGGAUUCAAUCACAAGCGCCUUCCGGAGUACCCAGCUCUACUCCGGCCUUUUCGAUCUCUCCAGCACACCUGGCACAGCUCCAGCCACAUACUUAUGCUCUCGCACAUCUCCAACCUUCCCCGUCCAGCUCACGACCGUCGAUACGAAUUAAUGGCAGGACGGAUACGCAGUUUCGGCCAGCUUCUGUGAGCACAGGCUCACUUACUCACACCAAUGGCGGCGCGGUUGUCCGGAUGGGCGACACAGCAGCUGUUUGUGGCGUGAGGGCAGAAUUACUCCGAACCGAUGAUAUUGCCUCCUGGAAGGUCACAUCGGAGCUGUCUUCGAGACGCGCUAAGCGGAUGAAAACCGAAGAUAUUGGUGAAAAAUCUGAUCCGGAUCUGGUUAUAGAUGAUGAAGAUGACGAUUCGGAUAUCCAGUCGUUCAAUUUACUUGUUCCCAACUUGUCAUUAAGCACCGGUUGUUCACCCAGCAUAUUUGCCAGCGCUCCACCUACAGCUCUGGCGCAGUCUCUAUCCCAUAAACUUCUUUCUCUUCUUCACAGCUCAAAUCUGAUUCGUGCUGAAGACCUACGGAUAUGGUAUACCCCAGAUCCAGCCAAGGCACCCGAGACCACCAAUGAGGAUAUCGAGAUGGAUGAUGGGAAUGAUGAUUCCACCCAAACAACAGCCAAGGGCCCAGAAGUUAAAGCUUUUUGGACUCUAUAUAUCGAUGUCUUGAUGGUUUCACUUGCUGGGAACCCGUUUGAUGUAGCGUGGGCAGCAGUAGUGGCUGCACUAAAAAACACCAAAUUGCCCAAGGCAUGGUGGGAUUUAGAGAGCGAGAAAAUACUAUGCUCUGAUAGAGUUUCUGAAGCAAAAGGCUUACGACUACGUGGUAUGCCGAUUUCGAGUUCAUUCUGCGUUUUUGAAGCUCAUGGAAUGGACGAUUGGAGGCGGGUAUUUCUUCCGUUUGACCAACAAAAGGGGAAAGGGAAGAAAUUGGACGGCUCAGUUUCUAAUGAUGCGGAUGAAGCUCAUGAUAAAUGGGUAUUAGCGGAUCCUGAUGCAUUUGAAGAGUCUUUAUGCCCAGAACGUCUCUGUGUUGUGGUGGAUGUCACCUCGUCAAACUCCAUCGCUAAAAUAGUGAGUCUGGAGAAAAAUGGCGGAUUUUAUGUGGGAAAAGAAGAAAUGAAAGAUAUCGUCAGCUUAGCCACCUCGAGGUGGAAUGAAUUAAAGAUGGUAUUAGAAGGCUGA